CCUGGCCGAGGUCCGCGCUGGCCGCCUGGGGCUGCGGCGCGGGGCGUGGGAAGGGGGGCAGCAGACCCCGGCCCGCUGCGGUCGCCCCCUCCCGGCGGGGGCAGUAUCCACCCGGAAUAAGGGCGCCUCGGGGGGCCCCGAGCGCUCGCGCAGGAAGGGAGGCUGCGCUCGCCGCGGGAGUCUCCAUCCUCGUAGGUGCCGAGGGGGCCCGACUGCGGCCCGGAGGACCGCGCGCCGGCCGCCCCCGGCGGGGGGGUCGCCGAGCUCCCCUGAGGCAAGAAGAGCCUGGCUUCAGGAACAGGAAUCUCACCGGGAGGAACCCACCCUCUUCGGAGUUGCAGAAGAGAGGCAGAAAGAGCGAGCCUAGGGGGCACGCCACGGCUGGGUGGCUUCGCCACAUUCAGAAGCUGUAUGCCUUCCCAGGUUUUGACUUUCUUUCAACAACAGAAAAUGGACAAAUCCCAGAAAUGUGCUGGUCAGGGAUCCGUGUCAUUCAGGGACGUGACUGUGGAGUUUACCCGGGACGAGUGGCUACAACUGACAGGCACACAGAGGACACUGUACCGGGAUGUGAUGCUGGAGAACUACAGCCACCUGGUCUCCGUGGGGUGUCACCUCACCAAACCAGAAGUGAUCUUCAGGCUGGAGCAAGGAGAAGACCUGUGGCCAUUAGAGGGAGAAUUCCCAGACCAGGGUGAUCAAGACAGGAGUGAGGAAGACCAAAAUGAACAUUUGUGGCGAGUUUUACUCAUCAACAAAAAGUCACUGACUAAGAAGAAAGAUAACGUUUUCAGAGAAAUACCCCAUCAAGAUGACUCAUGUGGAAAAAGUUUGAAAAAUGUUUCAGAAUCAAUUAUUAGUGAUAAAAAUUAUUCAAGUAAGAACUCUCAUGAAAUUAAUGCAUGUGGGAGGUUGCUUUCUGAUAAUAACCAAGGAGACACUCACACUGGAAAGAAACCUGAUGAAUAUAACCAAGAUGAGAAAUCCCCAAGCUGUAAUAAGGACUGUACUGAGCAGCAGAAAAUUCAGACUUUGGGACCACUUUUUGAAUGCGAUGAAUGUAGAGAAACCUCCCGUAAUAAGGCAGCCAUCGUUACACCUCCAAGGACUCAAACAGAAGACAAAUCCUGUGAUUAUAAGGAACUGGGGGGAAGUACCAGUGAUGAGUCAGCCCUGGAAGUUCUUCAGGAAGUUCACACAAGUAAGAAUCAUUGUGAGGUCACUGAGUGCCUGAAGUCAACCCUCUUAAAACAUCAGACAGUUAAUUUGGAAUCUAAUGAAAAUGAGAAUAAGUCCUAUCUCACUCCACCUUCUGAAACUCACAGAGGAGAGAAAACCUUUGAAUGUAGUUACUGCAGGAAAUCUUUUUACCAGGAGUCCCACCUGACUCAGCAUCAGAAGACACACAUAAGAGAGAAACCCUGUGGAAGUAAUAAAUCUGGAAAAACCCUUCAGAAAUCACAACCCACAGACCCUCCAAGAUCUCAUGCAGGAGAGAAACCCAGUGAAUGCAGUGAAGCCCCUGUGCAGUCAGCUCUUUCUGAUCAACAGAGGGCAUGGUCAGAAGGGAAGCUUUAUGUGUGUAAUGAAUGCAAGAAGUCUUUUCGUCAUAGCUCAGCCCUCAAAGUCCAUCAGAGGACUCACACAGGGGAGAAACCAUAUGAAUGUAAGGAAUGUGGGAAAUCCUUCUGUGUAAAAUCGAACUUAACUAAACAUCAGAAAACACAUACAGGGGAGAAACCUUUCAAAUGUAAUGAGUGUGGAAAAACUUUCUUACAGAAGUCACAGUUUGCUGACCAUCAGAGAACACACACAGGGGAGAGACCCUAUGGAUGUAAUGAGUGCGGGAAGUCUUUCUACUAUAAGUCAGCUCUGCAUGUACAUCAGGGGAAGCAUGCAGAAGAGAAACCCUAUAAAUGCACUGAUUGUGGGAAAUCCUUCUGCUAUAAGUCAGCCCUAAUUAUCCAUCAAGUAUCUCACACUGGGAAAAAACCCUAUGACUGUAAUGAAUGUGGGAAAACCUUCUGUGUGAAGUCAAACCUUACUAAACAUCAGAAAAUUCACACUGGUUUGAAACCUUAUGAAUGUAAUGAGUGUGGCAAAGCCUUCUCUAUGAGUUCGAUCCUAAUAGUACAUCAGAGAACUCACACGGGGGAGAAACCCUAUGGAUGCAAUGAAUGUGAGAAGUCCUUCUAUAAAAAAUCAGCCCUCACUAAACAUCAGAAAACUCACACAGGGGAUAAACCACAUGAAUGUAAUGAAUGUGGGAAGGCCUUCCAUAUGAAAUCCACCCUGAUCAUACACCAGAGAACUCACACUGGAGAGAAACCCUUUAAAUGUAAUGAGUGUGAAAAAUCAUUCUAUGUGAAGUCACUUCUUAAUAUUCACCAGAGAAAUCACACAGGAAAGAAACCCCAUGUAUGUAGUGAAUGUGGGAAAGCCUUUUCUAUGAAGUCUAAUCUCACUGAUCAUCAGAGGACACAUUCAGAAGAGAAACCCUAUGAAUGUAAUGAAUGUCAGAAGACCUUCCGCCAUAAGUCAACUUUAACCGUACACCAGAGAACUCACACAGGGGAGAAACCCUAUAAAUGUAAUGAAUGUGGGAAAUCCUUCUAUAUGAAGUCAGCCCUCAGUCAACACCAGAGAAUACACACAGGGGAAAAACCUUAUGAAUGUAAAGAAUGUGGGAAAACCUUCUUCCAGAAGUCACACCUCACUAAACAUCAGCGCACACACACAGGGGAGAAACCCUAUGAAUGUAAGGAAUGUAAAAAAACCUUCUUCCAGAAGUCCCACCUCAUUGAACACCAGAGAACACACACUGGGGAGAAGCCCCAUGAAUGUAUCAAAUGUGGGAAAUCAUUCUGUUAUAAGUCAGCCUUAACCAUACAUCAGAGAACUCACACGGAAGAGAAACCAUAUAAAUGCAAUGAAUGUGAGAAAUCUUUCUGUAUGAAAUCCCACCUCACUGUACAUCAGAGAACUCACACAGGGAAGAACCCUUUUGAAUGUAAGGAAUGUGGGAAAACUUUUUAUGUGAAGUCAAACCUCAUUAAUCACCAGAGAACUCACACAGGGGAGAAGCCCUAUGAAUGUAAGCGAUGUGGGAAAUCCUUCUGUAUGAAGUCGACCCUCACAGUUCAUCAGCGCACACAUACUGGGGAGAAGCCCUAUGAAUGUAACGAAUGUGGGAAGUCCUUCUGCAAGAAGUCGACUCUCACAAAACAUCAGGUAAUUCACAUAAGAGAGAUACCCUAAGGUGCAGGAAAUGUGGAAAACCCUCAUGUGUGAAGUCAAGUUUUGUGAACUUGAGAACCCACGGGAAGAAAUCUCAAGACUGUAAUCAGGUGGAGAACUCUUACUGUGGGGAUUUAGUCUUUAAUUGCAAUCAGAAGACACACAUGGUGUGGGAGUUGGUGGACUCUCUCUGGAAUGGAUAUUGGAUACAUUACUAAAUAUCGGAGAACUUGCAUGGAGAGAGAGCCCUGAGAAUGUCCUGUAUGUUAGUGUCUACCUAUGAAUCUAAUAUAUGUCUCAGAGGAAUCAGCCAGAGGGCUAAAAUCAGUAAGAAUGCAACAAAAGUAUAAAGGGAUUUACAGAGUCACAACUUACUGAUCAUCAGGUAAUUGAUACUGGAGUGGAACUAAAUAAAGGUUUUACAUGCAUGAACAGUGUUGAGGGAAAAAGAUCAAACUCUGUAUAAGAAAAGUAUUAAUAUUGAGGGGAAAUCUAUCAGUUUGGAAAUGUGGAUAUAUUGUUUUCUCUAGAAAUAAUGUAACACUAGAAGUCAUGAUUCUGAUGUGGUACCAGAUUUUGAAGAUUGGUAUAAGAUGUGUCUGAUGCUAAUGAUGCUUAUUGUGGGAAUAUGAGGCCUUUGGAAGAGUAUGGUGGCAGUGGCUACUUGACAGCACCAGAUGCCUCAGGUACACCUGAGUAAUCAAGGCUUUGGUAUGUUGUACAUAGCAUACAUAUGUCUUGUACGUUUGCCUUCCAUAGCGGGUAUUGAAAUGGGUGUCCGUAGGAAAUAUCUUCCCAUAGCUUAAUAAUUAUCAUGACAGAUUUCACAUUAAAUGCCCCCAGUGUAUGUUUGUAUGUGUGUAGUACAGUAUGCAUUAUGAGUGACAUGUUUAACAAAUUGAAAUACUAUAUCCCAACAUACUGUUAAGAAGAAAGGCAAAAUACACACCACCAUAGGGCAUGCUACUUUCUAUGUAAGAGUUGAGAGGAAGUAAUAUACACAUACACACAAUUGCUUAUUUUUUGUAAAGAGAAAUACUAGAAGGAUAAACUACAAACUAAUAAAAAUGAGUUCCUAUGGAGGCAGGAGCAAACAUGGUGGAGUCAGGGAUGGAAGCAAGAUUUCUUUGGUCAUACCUUUUAAUGAAAGUUUGACUUUUGAACAAAUGUAAAUUAUUUAUUUGUUCCAAGAUAGAAAAAUAAAUCAUUCUGAAAUUGAAAACACAUCAACUUUGUAUCAAAUUGGUAGCUAAACAGAGAAAAUAAUUGUUAUGAGAAACUUUUGAACACAGAAUUAUGACUAUAUGUCCUUAACAGGGUAUGUUUAAGAACAAAGAUCUGCAAAAAAUUAUGAACACCACUCAUUAAUUUUUUGUUAGUAAUACUGGUGUUACUUUGGAUCUAGUUUGUGUAUAUUGUAAGAUAAAGCAAAAUAAACUGUUAAAGUUAACCAGGAACCAAACUUCCAGUUUAAGAGAAAACAUGACCAUAAAAAUGAAAGAACUUACAUAAAACUCUGCAUAAUAAGAUAUAUGAACUGAAAGUAUCAGUCAUUUUUAAAAGUGUAUAUAUGUCUUAGCUCUGUCCACUGAGGGCCUGAAAGCAGUUGCACCCCCUGUAGAUGAGAUUUGGCGCCAGCAUGUCCCUCGAGGAACCAGGAGUCCUUGGAAAAACAGCUGCCUCUAGCUCUGGGUCCUGAAGUAUCCAGGGUGAGGCUGGGACCUCUUGUGUCAAAAAAGCAAGACAUACUCAAAGAUUAAGGUCAAAGGUCCCAGAAGCUACCUUGGGGGGUUUCUCCCUGGCCAAAUUUGAUACUCUGAUGGUCAGACAGACCUACUGUAAUUGGCUCAACAUUUGAAUUUAAAAAAAUGUGUCCACAUCAAUGAAGAAAAAGAGAAAGGGGCUUGGGCUUAUUUCUGCUGUUGGAGGCGAGUCUUAACACAAGCUUCUUAUUCUGUAAUUAGAAGGAAAGAAUUUUCACCCUGCCUUUUUAGUAGGAGCAGUUUCAGGAAGGCUGACUGUUAUAGAAGUGUCAGCUAAUAAAUGUAUAAGGAAUGUUAGAAUUUUAAAAAUUGCUAACCCCUAGGACACCUAGGCAAAGAUUGUCAGUGGAUGCCAGGAUCAUUAAAUGCAAAGGAAAGAGUAUUUGUGCAAUGCCAGAGACUCUCCCACAGAUAUCUCCCUCACUGACCCUGGAAAAUGUACACCUUCACAAUGGAAUGACUGCCCCACUUUCACCAGUGAUAAAAUGCAGCAGUCUCAACAGUGGUGACAUCGUGUGCCUCUUGCGUGAGGUCUAUGCGUUGCACUGUAGCAUGCUCUUGCCAGAGUAUUUCAUGGGAGUUUAGUGUUUAGUCUUUUAGUUCACAGAAAAUACAAGAGAGAGAGGAAGAGGGGAACAGCUUCAGUGGAGAAAACAAUCAAAUCCAGAAUGUGGGGCAUCCACCAAGACAGUUGGCCUGGUCUCGUCAGAAGUUAGUCUCAUUUUUUUAAAGAUUUUAUUUAUUUAUUCAUGAGAGAGAGAGAGAGAGGCAGAGGGAGAAGCAGCCUCCAAGCAGGGAGUCUGACAUGGUUCUCGAUCCCGGGUCUCCAGGAUCAUGCCCUGGGCUGAAGGGGGCGCUAAACUGCUGAGCCACCCAGGCUGCCCAAUUAGUGUCAUUUUAAAAAGAGGGAAAAGGCCAGCGGGACUCUUUCAAUCCUGAUAUUAACAAGACAUAAUCAGAUGCAGUGCAUGAUCCUUGAUUGGAUCCAAAAAACAUCCAGCUCAGAAAGACACCAUGUAGGUACUUUGGAGGCAUUUGGAAGAAUUUUUUAUUUUAUUUUUUUAUUUAUGAUAGAGAGAGAGAGAGAGAGAGAGAGGGGCAGAGACACAGGCAGAGGGAGAAGCAGGCUCCAUGCACUGGGAGCCCGACGUGGUACUCGAUCCCGGGUCUCCAGGAUCACGCCCGGGGCCAAAGGCAGGCGCUAAACCGCUGUGCCACCCAGGGAUCCCUAUUUGGAGGAAUUUAAAUGUGGAAUGGGUAUUGGAAAAUAUUAGGGAAUUAGAGUAAUUGUCUUCAGUGUGAUAAUGGUUAUGAAUGUGAGUUUCUAGGACACUGUGCAGAACAGGUGAACUGUCACAUCUGCAGCUGUGAAGUGGUUUGGGAAAAGAACGUGUGCACAAUUAAAUGAAGCAAAAAAAUAGGAAAACAAAAUUUGAGCAAGUGUUGAGCACGGUUGUCAGCACAUGGGUAUUCACCCUUUCCUAACAGCUCUGACAACUGUUCAACAAAAGCACCUCACCUAUUCUCUGUGUUUUUUUGGGACUAGCGAUGACUGUUGUUACUGAUCUGCUCUUCAAUAAAGCCAAAUGCCUUAAAAAAAAGUGUCUUGGGCUUGCCUGGUUUAAUGAACACACAUUCAUAAAGUGCAGAGGCAGGGUCUAGCUGUUAGCAAGCGCUUAAAAUAGAGUUGUGUAUAGAAAACACCCUUCUCUUUCCAACUCCCGUUGGGAUUGGUGAGGGUGCAGAGGCACGUGGUGCAGGCCGCGUGUGAGGAACCCAGCAGCCAUGUGCACAGGCACAUUGUCAGAGACUGCCCUGAUCCUUGCUUCCUGCUGCAGACAGGUUGCUUAUAGCGGGUUGGCAGCUCCCAUCCCCUUCCUCCUUGAUGUGGCCUGCUUAUCCUCCCUAACCACGAGGUGUUUGGGACUGGAAGAAGGACCAGAAACUGAAGUAUGCAGGUGGUUUUGGGGCAAGGUUUUGUCAUCAAUAAAGAAUCAGGAACAGAAUGGCAUUGUCCAUCUGGAUCCCCAUUGAUUGCAUCUUGUGACUCAGGGCUGAUAGGAUAGUGAGCUGAGGGAGGGCAGGACCACGAGCAGGGACACUAAUUGGUGGAUUCACCAGCUCAGAAGCUGCUGUGUACCAGGAAGACAGGUCAUUAUUAGAUUUUUUAGUUUACGCCUGUUGGAGUUGAGGUUUUUUUGAUUACUUGGAGCUAUGAGGCAUCCUAAUGUAUACAGAGGUAUGCAUUAUUUUUUAAUUCUGUAAUUUGGAAGUGUUAGAUACAGGAAUUUGGGAGCAAGAAUGAUUUGAGAAAAUGAUUCAGUGACUGCUUUCUGCCCUGUGAAUUUCCAUGCCAUGAUGAAAUCAUGUUAUUUCUGGUUUGAAAGAAGCAGGGCACAGGAAAUUUCUUUUUACAACCCAGUUAAGUAUUAUUCUUUAUGUGAGAUGACUUUUUUAAAAGAAGAUUUAGUUAUUCAUGAGAGACACAGAGACAUAGGCAGAGGGAGAAGCAGACUCCCCCCCGCCCCGCAAGAAGCUCGAUGUGGGACUUGAUCUCAGACCCCAGGAUCAUGCCCUGAGCCAAAGGCAGAUGCUCAACUGCUGACCCACCCAGGCGUCCCAAUAUGAGUUGAGUUUUAAAAAUUGGUUCAUUCAUUGAUCUUUUCCCACUUUUUUCUUGAUGUGACUGAUUUUUAUUUUUUUUAAUUUUUAUUUAUUUAUGAUAGUCACACACACACGAGAGAGAGAGAGAGAGAGAGAGAGAGAGAGAGAGAGAGAGAGAGAGAGGCAGAGGGAGAAGCAGGCUCCAUGCACCGGGAGCCCAACGUGGGAUUCGAACCCGGGUCUCCAGGAUCGCGUCCUGGGCCAAAGGCAGGCGCUAAACUGCUGUGCCACCCAGGGAUCCCUGAUUUUUAUUUUAAUGAAGUGUUAGCUGUCCUUACGCCACUGAAUUAAUCUUUUUGUCCCCGACUUGAAAUACUAUCUUUAUCACAGACUAAAUUAUCAUUUGCUUUCCUUUUUGUCUGUUAAGCGCUCGUCUCCACAUUCUUCCAGAAAGGGAAGCUGAUACUACAGAGCUGGCAAAUUCCCUGGUGGGCCAGUCACAGGACCCACCCUUCGGGCCCAGUUUAGCUGUUCCUGGGAUGGACACUUAAUCUGAGGCCAGUGGGGGUCCAGGGGAGCUCCUCCUAGGGCUUUUGGUAGACACGUAGCCCAACGGUUGCUGGUUUGAAUGUCAAAGCUGCCAGCAGCUUGGUUGUCUUGGGUUUUCUCCUGUUUGCAGGCAGUCCUGACUCGCAGCUUGGAAAUACUGAUUCUAGGGAUGUUUUCUCUUUUACUGACUUAUUUUCUUUUUCUUUUUAAAAAGAUACCCCCUGGGGACCCCUAGAGGAUUUUUAAAAUAAAUAUUUUAUUUAUUUAUUUAUUCAUGAGAGACACAAAGAAAGAGGCAGAGACAUAGGCCGAGGGAGAAGCAGGCUCCAUGCAGGAAGCCUGAUGUGGGAUUUGAUCCCCAGACCCCAUGAUCUCAACCUGAGCCAAAGGCAGGAUGCUCAACCACUGAGCCACCCAGAUCCCCCCUUAUUUUCUAAUCAUGCUGAACAAGAUGUUUUCAAUUACUGUUGCUUUACUAUGUUUUUCCAUGUAUUGAAAAGCACAUGUCUCUUCAUUCUAUUUUUUGAAUCUUUCUUGGCUUUUCCCACAUUAGUUCUUAGAGACAGUCUCCAGAGUGGACUUACCAGGCUCCUCUCCAAAGCCUCUGGGAUUUUGUGUUUAGAUCCAAUCAUCACCCACCAAGAGUGGCACACUCCUGACCUACCUGGCUGGGACCAAUCCCCAGUGACCAGAGACGAGGGAUUCGUGGCGACAGAGGUCGGGUUCCCUUUCCUGUGACAGGAGCAGACCUUCUAGUUCCUUUACAUCUCUUAUUAUUUGCUGAAACCUAGACUGUUUAAUGUUAUAAUAUGGCAACUCUGGAAACCAGAUUCUCACCCUCUCCCAGAGUUUUUGUUGUUUUGUCAGUUCUUUUUAUGUGCUUUUUGACUUUUUUGUUUCAGUAGUUAUGUAUUGUGCAGGCACUAAAUUUUGUUCCAUCAACCCAAGGGUUAGGUGUGUUUUGCCAGCUGGAGCUGAAAAAAGAAUUUAAAAAAGAGAUAGGAAGGGGAAGAAAAAGAGGAAAAAAUGACCAAGGAUGGUCAUUCCUUGCCCCAGCUUGCUACAGCCAGGAUUUGUGCCUUUCCAUGCUUGCAGCACAAACCAUCUGGGAAGCUGCCCAGACCUGUGACUGAGUCCAGGAAACAUGGGAAAGCCCAUGCAGCCCUCCUACAGAUGGUGGUGCAGCAGGUGAAACCCACCCUGAAACUGUUUGAGGUCUGUAACUCGCCCCCUGGCCUCAGGACUUGGGACUGCAGGCUAUUACCAUGUGGCAGCUGAUUGGAGGUGUGGGGGAUGGCAGGUGGGCUAUUUAAAGUCCCAGCUCUGGCUGCACAGCUGCCCCCCCUCUCAUCAAGUCUCCCCUAGUGGUUUUGAGUUUUGGACUAGAUUCUAGAGUUUGGCAGAGGUUGCCAGCUCAGUAGUUGUUCCUGCGGGGUGGGAGGAUAGAGCCCUCCAUUUCCCUCGUCUGCCACACCCAUCAAUUCUUGAGCACUUCCCUUUUACAAGUAAAUGUUCUAUGCUUUUAGUUUCCUGAUCAGCCUUGGUUAAAGAGCUUUGGUUCCAUUUGGGGAAGAGUAAUAUUUAGAAAUAAAGAUCUGAGCACGCAUUUUUCUAAAGAUAAAAAUACGGCAUAUUUUAUUAGGAUUACCGCUGAUUCUGCUAGAAUUGUAUUAUAAAGGUUUUGAGUGGGCUGCCCUUAACUCUGCUUUCUUCCCAUGACUUUCUCCUAGUCGUGUAUGUACCACUAGGUUUGAGAGGAACACAUUUGUCACAGUUUAGAAGUGACAGUAGUUCAUUUUUGUUGGCUAAUUCUGUAUUAGUGUUGGAUUAGCUGCCAAGAUAGACAAUUGCUAUCUCACAUACAAUCCCAAACUAACAGGUGGUCCAGGGAGGUAGGAUAGCCCCAUUCCAGGUUGUUCUCCAGAGAAUAGAGUCCUCUUAAUCCUGGUACUUUCCCAUUCCCUAGAGAGGAGUCACUAAAGUACAGAGAAUUCAUGGGCCACAUUUGGAGUGCUGCCUCUUUGGCACAGCCUGUAAACGAAGAAUGGGCUUUACAUUUGUAAGUAAUGUAAUAAUCACAAUAAUAGAUCAAAAUAAUAUUUUAUGUGAUGUGAAAUUCAAUGAAAUUGGAACUUUGUGUCCCAUAAAGGUUUAUUGGGACAGGUACAUUCACUACAGAGGCAGGGCUGUUCCCACAAGCCUGAAGUGUUCUCACCUGGCAUGUCAGCCAAAUCCUGCCCUCAGGUGUUCUCCUUGUUCUCAGGGUAGAAGGUGGCUCAGCACCAUGGUUCUGUCACAGCCAAGGAAGGGAGUACAAGGCAGUGGGAAAGGACAGUUCUCUUUUAGGACUCAGAAGAUGACAAAUUACCCCACUCACACCCCCUCGACCUAAAUUCAGUCCCUGGCCUCAGCUAGCUGGGAAAUCAGAUCUGCAGUGGUGUGCCUGGCUGAAACUAGACGCAAGGGGGAUCUCUCACAGAGGGAAGGAAGGUGGACACUGUGGAGUCCUGAGCAGCACAGGUUGUCCCACUAAAUGAGUCCUAUGACGUGAUGCAGAUAACUUCAGGGUGGGCACUCCCUCAUCCCAGGAAGAAUGUUUAAAAGGAUGUUUUAAAUUAAAGUGCAGAAUGACCAACAAAUGGAGCAACUACGACCAUUUUACUGGAAGUUGCCUUAGGGUGAAGUUGCUAAAAAGGACACAGACAUCAAUUAGGCACCUAGGCUGCGAAACUCUGGCUGAAACUUAACAGCAUAUAACACUGAGGAUUUUGAUUUCUCUGGUCCUUUAAUUUUUGUGUGUUUUAAUGUUUCUGGAGUCUUGGGGAAUAGUGUUCAUCAUAACAUUCAAUUUAAAACAUUGAUUUUCAAUAUUGGCUUCUGCAUGGAAACCAUUCUUUACCUGAUUCUUCAUUCCAAACCCUGAUUCCAUUCUCUUUCCAUUCACACUAGUCUGUAUGACCUUGAGCACAUUCCACAGCAGCCUGUGUAAGGAAAUCUCAUUCCAUUUUUAAAAAUUCAUGUCUAUCUUUUAUCAAAUGUGCUACAUCCAGAUAUGGCAUAUACUCCUAACUGCUGGAUAGCACUCUACUUCUUGAUCCGUGUUUUACUUACCUCUUCCUGUGACCUAGGCUAUCUCGAAAACCUUGUUGACAAAAUCAUUCUGUAUAUACAUCCACGUGUGUACAGAGUACCUCUGGGAUAGAAAAGUGUAUUAGUAGGGCCACUGUGUGGGAAGGCACACAUGUGAAUUUUAAAAGGUAUUUCCAGGCCAGUUUACGCACUUCUACAGUAUACAGAUAUUACCAAUUACCGUUCAUGUCACUAUUGUUUCUGCCACUCUGAGCAGUGUAAGGGGUACUUUACUGGUUUAACUUGCCUAUUUCUAAUGAUGGAGGAUUCCAAGCCCUGCCUUUUUGCUACUUCGCUGGAUAUCCUCAUGUAUUCUAGUUAUUAGUCUUUAGGUUAAACCAUUUUGCUUUACAGGCCCGAGAUUUUUCUGUAUCUUUCCAUGUGGCAACACAAAAGCUCUUUUUAAUUUCAUUCUUUUUUAACUUGAGAAAUUUUUAAUUCAUAAUUUUCUUCCCAUCCUAUCUUAAGAACUCCAGGAUACGGGUAUUAUGUCUACUGUGUUCUGAGUCUGUUUAUCACAUGCAUCUCUUCUUCCUGGCAUUGUGGGCAAACCACUUGCUGUUAUCACACAAUCCACUAACUGGUUUUUGGCUGUGUCCAUGCCCUGUCCCCCACCUCUUUUAGAGUAACUGUUCUUGCUUCAUAUAACCAAUACACUUCUUUUGAAAUCUGGAUUUCUACAUUCCAUUAAGCUUGCCAGUUGUGCAGAUGUAUGGUGCGGCUCUUAGUAAACUUAUAGGUUUGCUUUUUCUAGCAUUAAUUUUCACUUGGGAAUCUGCAAAUCUCGGAUGAUAUGACUAACAGGGUGAUGGUCUAAUCCCUAGUUCCUGUUCUUCAGGGUGGCUUCAGUAGACCUAUGUAUUACAGGAAAAAGCCCACCCCCAGCCACGAGGCACCCCCUUCCUGAUGGAUCCUCUGCUCUCAGGGCAUGGUAUCAUCACCAAAUGGUUCUCCUCCAUCCAAAACAGAAUGUGCCCACUUACUGUAAUGACCUGGCUGUGGAGUGAGAAGAGGAUGCUCCAGGCCAGCACUGUGCCUGUGUCUGUUGUGUCCACUCCUCAUCUAGCUGAUGCAUCCUUUCUGUCUCAUGAAGGCACCGUGCUGGGCAAUAAGGUGCUUGGGACACUACAUUAAGAGCAGCAGAGUGUAGAUCUCAAUCCCAAGGUUCCCCAGCACCUGCUUCACCACUGUCUGCCUGCUCACACCUCAUGCAGGAGCCUCUCCACUGUAGUCUCCUGGAUGUGCAAACCACUCUUACUUCCAUGGCAGCCCAAGUUGGGCUCUGGGAACAAGUCAGUAGCCCAUGUCAGUUCAGUCUGGCAGACAUCACAGACUUUAAAUUCAGGGAAGGGAAAAGCAAUUUAUCUGUGAUGUAGUCACCUCUGUGAUGAAAAGGAUAAGGAAUUUGCUUAUUUACAGGCAUUCUAUAAAGUGGGCAGUAUCUGGGCUGUAGUCACAUGGAUUAUACAGCCUCGCUUGGGGAGCUUAACUGGACAGCCAGCCAGGCACACAGCCAUGGAAUAAAGAGGGUGAUUCUGGGAUCUCUGAGAGGAUAAGGCCUUGAUGUUACCGCCAUAGCUUCAACUAGACCUAUUUGAUAAGUAUGAAUGAACCACUGUUUCACUGACUCAAGGAUGAUACAAAAAAUUGGGGGAAUCUCACAUGGCCACCUGCCAGAAGAGCUGUUCCUUCUGCUGAGCCCUUGAAAACCCCUUUCAGAGUUCAUCAUCCAUUCACACUUCAAAUUAUAAGGUGACUAUAUAUAACGCACAAAAGCUCCCGCUCUGCCCCAAUUCCACAUUCAGUCCUUGCGCAGGAUAGGAGACCUGACAUCCUGCUAGUGCUCUUUCAUGAACUCAGGCGUGUGCAUCUUACACUCUUGCCAGGAACAGUUAAAACUUUUCAAAAACUACAUUCCAUCAAAUUUAAGACAAACCAUUAUUUUAAGUGCCUCUAGGGAAGAAGAAAAAAAAUGUCACUAUAGAAGAACAUGCCACUGAUUCCACUUUCAGAGAUACAGAAUGAAAUUGCUGACAUCUUUGAAACUACAAACUAAUCACAUGACUACGUCAUCAGAUAGGCAGUUCAAGACCAUUCCGUGCACCAGGCCCUUUCCUGUGCAGGCACUCCGUAAGAGAAAAAGAAUGUGGUGAAUCAUUUAAACUUUUAAAAUAUUUUACUUAAAAUGCAUACUGUGUAUUUAAGCUAUAAUGACAAACUACUGUGCGAACUCUUUAUAGGUAUCAUUUCAACAAAUACACUAUGAGUAUAUUUUCCUACACAAAUCUAUACAAUCUACCAGACUUUUCAUUCCUAUAGCAUACUCACAAUAAGCUAGAAGAUAUGGAGGGAAAGUGCUGAGCAACAAAAACUGGUGCCACAAAUGAUCAGAAUACAUGAAAAAUACGGCAUUUCAUCUCAGUGGGCAGGUGUUAAUUAUUCAAAUAUAGGCUAUGGGGCUAAUCACUGGAAAGCAAACGUCCUUACCUCCACACCAUAUAUUAUGAAUUAACAGUGGAAGAAUGAUCCAUGAAUAAAAGAAAUUAACCUAAACAAAAUUUAUGUCAUGCAUUGUAAAAAGGAAGGUAUAUCUGACAUUGUUAUCAGGUUCUAAAGAUUCUUAGGUCAAUGAUGUAACCAUUCAAGGAAACAUACACAUUUAAUUGUUUCAAGUUGAUUGGUAGUGCCCCGACUAUUUACAUCAAAAUUUACAGAAAAUUAGAUCAACCUCUCUAUCAGUACUUCUAAAUAAAUGAUUUACCUAAAGUCCACUUCUCAACUGCAUAAUUCCUACAAAGGUAUAACUUUGUAUCUUCAGCUAUCUGCUAACAGAGCAACCUAAAUCAACCUGCUCCAAGGUAAAUUUCAUCUCCUACAGAAGGGACAGUCCAGAAGCAGAGGAGCCACAGCUGGCUGGUUCAGUGGCUCAACAUCAUUCAGGUCCCAGUCCUCCCAGUCUUUCUGCUCUGCCAUGUUUAAAUUAUAAUUCAUUGUUGAAAGACACAGCCAGGCAUCACAUGCAAUGAAGGCAAUGUUCAACAGAAGACUCUGCUUAACUCUGCACGAUUCAUUAUUUGAACCUUUUCAGAAAUAACCUGUCAGCUAUCUCCUUUAUCUGCAUAGAACUGGGUCCUGUGACCAUUCUAAACCAAUUGCUGGCAAUGAGAAAAGGAUUAUCAUUAUUAACUGAAACCUGUCAGGAUUUCCCCCCAUUCCACGAGGAGAAAUGGACACCCAAACUCCGCCAGCAAACAAUAAAGAGUGAGUAACCAGGGUCACUCAACAGUGUCUGCCAAAAACCCAUAUGAAGAGUUCUUCAUUCAUUUACAUAGGAAUAGAGCACAAUUUUUAAAAACACU